UUUAGAGGCUCGAGCCUGGACACAAUUUAGAUCAUGGGCUCCUGAUUUAAUUUUAGACCAAGGACACCUGUCCUUGUCAAUACCAACAUGGUUAUAGUAAAGCCUCAACAGAGUUGAAAAAUAAAUGUUGGAGGAAAAAGUUAUACAAAUGGGUAGUUUUAGAGUUAUGUAAGCAACUAAAAAGAUUCAUUCUGUCAUCUAUGAACAAUCUACCGGAAAGUAAAGCAGUUUCUCCUGCUACUCCAUCUGUCAAAGACUUGGUGAAGGUUUUGUAUGGAGGAAAAAGAUUUGGUAAUCAUGUGAAUGAAGUUUGGCCUAACCUAUUCAUUGGAGACAUGUCAGUGGCCAAUGAUCGCUACAGUCUGUGGAAGCUGGGAAUCACUCAUGUUCUGAAUGUAGCUCAUGGGAGCAUGAGCUGUCAGGGGAGUCAUGACUUCUAUGGCUCCACUGUGGAAUAUUAUGGAGUGCCUGCAGAUGACUCACCGUACUUUGACCUCUCUCGCUACUUCUUUUCCUCUGCUGAGUAUAUUCAGAGUGCACUUGAGAUGGCUGCUGGUCGGGUUCUUGUCCACUGUGCAGUUGGAGUGAGCAGGUCUGCCUCCCUCGUCCUAGCCUACCUAAUGAUCCACCAGCAUUACACCCUCCUAGAGGCUAUUAAUACGGUCAAAGAGCACAGAUGGAUUUUCCCAAACAAAGGGUUUCUCAAACAGCUUUGUGCUUUGGAUGUGAAACUACGCAAGACAUCAUGAGUAUUCCUCUGCACCUCAAAAAUAGAUUUUUUAAAUUACUGAACCUCAGAAGCUCAGGAUGAAUGAAGAAGGCAUUGACGGCCAGUGGAGGGAGUUAAUGUACUUGACUUUAAUCAGUUUGUUUUAAGAAUGGUAUUGAAUCUAUUGACCUGGGUGCUGUGUUUAAUUUGAAUCAUGCUGUCUUUUCACAGGAUAUUGACUCUUAUAUUAGUAGGAAAUCACUGCAAGCACCUUACCCUUAAAAUCCAUUUUAAGUCUCAGAAUCCAUAAAUGAUACUCAUUUAACCUUUGUUUUAUGUUGAUGGAAAUUUACAUCCAGUAUGGUGUGUUGUGUAUUGACUUUAAAAUAAAAUUAACAAUCAAUAGAGGGUUUUU